AUGGCCAACUCGAGAUUUGAGUAUGUCAAACAAUUUGAGCAAAUCGACAACCUACUGCCGAACACUUGGAUUGUGGUCAGAAUAGACGGUAGAGGAUUCACAAAAUUGUGUGCCAAGUAUAAUUUCGAGAAACCCAAUGACCGUAGAGCUCUUGACUUGAUGAACGCUGCUGCCAAAGCCGUCGUAACCGAAAUCCACGACAUCACUGUUGCCUAUGGCGUUAGCGAUGAGUUCAGCUUUGUCUUCCAUAAGACAUGUACUCUAUUUGAAAGGAGGGCGAGCAAAAUCGGUUCGACGAUAGUCUCGACGUUUACUGCAUACUAUAUCCACCUAUGGUCAACUUACUUUCCAGAUACGCCAUUAUCGCCACCGCUUCCUAGCUUUGAUGGCAGAGCUGUUUGCUACCCUAGCGUACAGAACCUACGAGACUAUAUGAGCUGGCGCCAAGUAGACUGCCACAUCAACAAUUUGUAUAACACCACGUUCUGGUCGCUCGUCCAGCUACCCCCUGGGAUGGACGCUAAGGCUGCCGAGCAGCUAUUAUCUGGUACUCUCGCAGCUGAUAAGCAUGAGCUUCUUUUCUCGAGGUUCAAAAUCAACUAUAACAACGAGCCGGAUAUGUUCAAGAAAGGGAGCGUAAUAUAUCGAGAUUACGAACUCGUCGAGCCUGGAAACGACGUAGCUAAGACUGCCGAUGAGCUGGCAGAAGCCGUACGACAGUCCAAAACUCAGGAAGACAAGGACAAAAAGCGACGGGCGAAGGCGAAAGUGCUGGUCGAUCAUGUCGACAUUAUAAAGGAUGACUUCUGGGAGAGACGGCCUUGGAUACUGUCAAAUAAACCAGGCAAGAUCCCCAAGGAAACAUAA